GGCAGCCCUUGCUUCCCGGCGAGGCUCUGCUUCCUUUCUCCCGGCUCACACCACCCCGAUCGCAGCGUGUCCUUGGCGGGGAGAGCCCUCUUCCUCCUGGGCUCAUGGAGGCGCCCUAUUCCCGCGGGCAGAAGGAAAACCCGCUCCGCCAGGCCGGCUUAUGCUCUCGGAUCUUCUUCUGGUGGCUAAAUCCAUUAUUUACUACUGGUCAUAAACGGAAACUAGAAGAAGAUGAUAUGUAUAAAGUACUCAUGGAAGAUUCCUCUAAGGUGCUGGGGGAGGAAUUGCAAGGGUACUGGGAUAAAGAGAUCCAAAAGGCGAAAAAAGAAGCAAGGACGCCACAUUUAACCAAAGCAAUUAUGCUUUGUUAUUGGAAAUCGUACUUUGCAUUGGGAUUUUUCACACUGAUUGAGGAAGCAUUCCAUGUUAUUCAACCAGUGUUGCUGGGAAUGAUGAUUGCUUAUUUUGAAAACAUUGGCACCCUCAAUGACGACGAGCAUGCUUUGAAAUAUGCCUACAUCUCUGCAGCAGCUUUGUCUCUGUGUACUAUUCUUUUGGCCAUCUCUCAUCACCUGUAUUUCUAUCACGUGCAACGGGCUGGCAUGAAGCUGAGAGUAGCCAUGUGCCAUAUGAUUUAUCGUAAGGCACUUCGUCUGAGUAAUACAGCCAUGGGAAAAACUACAACUGGUCAAAUUGUAAACCUUUUGUCAAAUGAUGUGAAUAAAUACGAUCAGGUGACUAUUUUCUUGCAUUACCUAUGGGCUGCGCCCCUUCAAGUGACAGCCAUAUCUGUACUUCUUUGGAUGGAAAUUGGACCUGCGUGCCUUGCAGGAAUGGCUGUUUUGAUCAUUCUCCUUCCUUUGCAAUCCCUCCUUGGAAAGUUGUUCUCAUCACUGAGGAGCAGGACCGCAGCCUUGACAGAUGUGAGGAUCCGGACCAUGAAUGAGGUCAUCGCUGGAAUGCGGAUCAUAAAGAUGUAUGCCUGGGAGAAAUCAUUUGCUGAUCUUGUCAGCAGCAUCAGAAGAAAGGAGAUUUCCAUGGUUCUUAAGAGCUCUUACCUUCGGGGAAUGAACUUGGCCUCUUUCUUCAUUGCCAGCAAAAUAACAAUGUUCAUGACAUUCAUGACCUACGUUUUACUUGGCAAUGUCAUCACUGCAAGCCGAGUAUUUGUUGCAGUGUCGCUGUAUUCAACCGUAAGAUUGACGGUCACUCUCUUCUUCCCGGCGGCUAUUGAGAAAGUGUCCGAAGCAUUGGUCAGCAAUCGACGAAUAAAGAACUUUCUGAUCCUUGAUGAAGUUUCUCAGCUCACCCCACAGCUCAAAAUCAACAAUGAAUUGUCUCUUGCUGUGCAUGAUUUGACUUGCUACUGGGACAAGACUCUGGAAAUGCCUACACUUCAAAACAUUGCAUUUACUGUCAAACCGGGAGAGUUACUCAUUGUGAUUGGCCCUGUGGGAGCAGGAAAAUCUUCCCUCUUAAGUGCUAUUCUUGGAGAACUGUCUGCAAGCAAAGGUUUCAUUGACGUUCAAGGAAGGAUUGCAUACGUUUCUCAGCAGCCAUGGGUGUUUUCUGGCACAGUACGAAAUAACAUACUCUUCGGAAAAGAAUAUCACAAGGACAGAUAUGAGAAGGUUUUAAAAGCCUGUGCCCUUAAAAAAGAUAUGGAAUUAUUGGGAGAUGGAGACCUAACAGUGAUAGGAGACAGAGGAGUUACGCUGAGUGGAGGGCAGAAAGCCAGAGUCAACCUUGCCAGAGCUGUCUAUCAAGAUGCAGACAUCUACCUCCUGGAUGAUCCGUUGAGUGCAGUGGAUGCAGAAGUUAGCAGGCAUCUGUUUGAAAAGUGCAUCUGUCAGACUUUGCACAAAAAGGUGUGUAUUUUAGUGACCCACCAGCUGCAGUAUCUACAGGCUGCAAAACAGAUCCUCAUUUUAAAAGAGGGCGUGGAAGUUGGAAAAGGGACAUACUCUGACAUCCUGAGUUCGGGAAUAGAUUUUGCUUCCCUUCUAAAAAAAGCAGAUGAUGAUCAGGUGCCUCUCCCAGGGACCUCCGGGCACCAGCUGUCAAGGAUCCGGACAUUUUCAGAGUCCUCUGUGUGGUCAAUGGAGUCUUCUGUUCAGUCACAGAAAGAUGGGGUUGCAGAACCUCCUCCUAUGGAACCUCUCCUAACCGCAUUGCCAGAAGAGAGUCGUUCAGAGGGGAAAAUUGGCUUUAACAUUUAUAAGAAGUAUUUUGCUGCUGGGGCAAAUUAUUUUGUCAUAUUUAUAAUUUUCUCUCUCAAUGUUUUGGCACAGGUUGCCUAUGUACUUCAGGACUGGUGGCUUUCUUACUGGGCAAAUGAACAACUGAAGCUGAAUGCUACUUCAGUGGGAAACGCUGGAGUAAAUGAGACAAGAACACUUGAUCUUGACUGGUAUUUGGGAAUGUAUGCAGGUUUCACUGUGGUGACAGUACUGUUCAGCAUACUGAGGAAUAUAUUGAUGUUUCAAGUUUUGGUCAAUGCUGCCCAGACUUUACAUAACAGCAUGUUUCAGUCAAUUUUGAAAGCUCCGGUGCUCUUCUUUGACUCAAACCCUAUUGGAAGAAUUCUGAAUCGUUUCUCCAAAGACAUUGGCCACCUGGAUGACUUGCUUCCAUUAACAUUUCUGGACUUUGUACAGACUUUCCUUCAGAUUUGUGGGGUGGUAGCAGUGGCCAUUGCAGUGAUUCCUUGGGUUCUUAUCCCUUUAGUUCCACUACUUAUCCUUUUCAUCAUUCUUCGUCGGUAUUUCUUGGCUACAUCAAGAGACAUUAAACGUUUGGAAUCCACAAGUCGAAGCCCGGUGUUCUCUCAUUUGUCAUCAUCGCUUCAGGGAUUGUGGACUAUUCGUGCAUUUAAAGCAGAGCAAAGAUUCCAAGAAUUGUUUGAUGCUCACCAAGACCUUCACACUGAGGCCUGGUUCUUGUUUUUGACUACCUCUCGAUGGUUUGCUGUCCGCCUGGAUGCCAUCUGUGCCGUUCUUGUGGUGGUGGUUGCCUUUGGUUCUUUGCUUCUUGCACACACUCUCGAUGCAGGACAGGUCGGCUUAGCUUUGUCCUAUGCAAUCACUCUCAUGGGAAUGUUUCAGUGGGGAGUUCGACAGAGUGCUGAAACCGAAAAUCUGAUGAUAUCAGCAGAACGAGUAAUUGAAUACACCAAUGUUGAGAAAGAAGCACCUUGGGAGUCAAGCAAGCGUCCACCAUCGGAAUGGCCAAACGAAGGUGUUAUCGCAUUUGAAAAUGUGAACUUCACAUACAGCAUUGAUGGCCCUUUGGUGCUGAGACAUUUAACUGCAGUAAUCAAGUCCAAAGAAAAGAUUGGAAUUGUGGGAAGAACAGGAGCUGGAAAGAGCUCUUUAAUAGCUGCUCUUUUCCGGUUGGCUGAGCCCCAAGGAAGAAUUUGGAUUGAUAAGUAUUUGACAUCGGAAUUGGGACUUCAUGACUUGAGGAAGAAAAUUUCAAUCAUACCUCAGGAGCCCGUUCUCUUUACUGGAUCCAUGAGGAGAAACCUGGAUCCUUUUGAUGAAUAUACAGAUGAGGAGUUAUGGAGUUCUUUGCAAGAGGUCCAGCUAAAAGAGACUAUAGAAGAACUGCCUAACAAACUGGAAACCCAGCUUGCAGAAUCUGGAUCUAAUUUUAGUGUUGGUCAGCGACAGCUGGUAUGCCUGGCCAGGGCAAUUCUGAAGAAGAAUAAAAUAUUGAUCAUUGAUGAAGCAACGGCAAAUGUGGAUCCAAGAACGGAUGAGCUGAUUCAAAAGACAAUCCGUGAAAAGUUUGCCCAGUGUACUGUGUUGACGAUUGCACACAGACUGAACACUAUCAUUGACAGUGACCGGAUCAUGGUUUUGGAUUCAGGACGACUGAAAGAAUAUGAUGAGCCAUACAUUUUGUUGCAAGAAAAGGAAAGCCUGUUUUACAAGAUGGUUCAACAAUUGGGUAAAGCUGAAGCUGAAUCCAUAAAAGAAACAGCAAAACAGGUAUAUUUCAAGAAGAAUUAUCCUGAAGUUAUGCCAAGUGGUCAAGAAGCCACCAAAUCAGUGGAUGACUCCCAAGGAUUAAUUAUUUUUGAGACUGCAGUAUGAUCUCAUGCGAUCAUGGUUUCUGGAGUGAAUUUUUUUUGGAAGGAUUAUGUAAUAUUGAUGCAAUACAAACCAAAUGUUACUGUUAAUUAGAAAUACUGUUCUUGCACUGAAUAAUUACUUGUUACUCUGAAAAAAAAUCAUGCCCCAGUUAUGUUGACCAUGCAAUGUUGUUCAGUUUUUUUAAAAAAAAUGCAGUAUGUUUUAAGCGUAGUUUUUUUUUUAAAGGUUCAAUGCAGCAACUGGGCUCUCUACUGGGCCAAUGAGGCUGGGCAAUCCUGAUCUCUUCCCUUGUUUUUAAAGUGCCUUCACAAAGAAAGACUACACUGUAAGACUCUGUUCUUCAUAAUUCAAGCCACCUUGAGUCCCCCUGUUAGGAUACAGAAGGGUGGAGUACAAAUAUGGCAAAUAAAUAAAUAAAUAAAUGCUCUUGAAUCAUUCAAAAGAUUAAACAUAGCUGCUUAAACAUUGCUUUUAAGACAGUGUAUUAGGCACAGUUGGAACUGGUGCUAAGUCCUGCUGCUGUAUAAAAAUGGCUUUUGGCCAUAGUCAGGAUUGACCAAUGACCUCACUACCUGUUGUGACAUUGCCCUGGUGGAAGGUGUCUCAGGUCCACAGCAUUAAAUUGUGGACUACAUUUUCCAGCAUCACCCAGCUAGUGUGGUAACUAGUAGGGGGGAAAAGAUUUCCAUGCUUAGCUUAAACCUAAUCCAGAGGCCUAUGGGAUAACUUGUCAAUGUGCCUUGCCAAACGUCAAGUAAACUGUACUGAUAUCCCACGAUCACAAAAGUUGUCCCUGCUUUUGUGACUCUCUUUUGAUCACAUGAGGUUCAUUAUAGGUCCCUAGCAAUAUAGACCAAACUGAAAGGCAUCAGACACAUUAAUCUAUCUGCCCAUUUGACUGUUGUGGUCUUGUUAACAGAACUUGGAAUUGUGACUCCAAGGCUGGGAAAGUAAUGUUUGGAAAACAAUUCUUUCAGGCGCUGCCCAUUGGUAUAUGUAAGCCAAUGGUACUAGACACCUUUGACUUUUGCAAUGUAUUUUCCCAGGUGGGAAAUAAAGAAUGUAUUUUUCGUGCUUUGCAGACAGAAGCAAAUUUGGGAAAUGAAUGUUACUUUGCUCAAAGAAUGUAUAUUUAUGAAUCCUGAGCUGUAUUAGUGUCAUCUUCAUAUCACACUUUUUAAAUGCCUAUACAAAAGAUUUCGUUCAAAAAAUGAGUGAGGCCAAGGUUACUUUUUUUUUUUUUACUAAAACAUGUCAUUUUUAUCUUUAGUUUGAUAGAAAACAAUCAUUAAAAGCGUGCCACCAAGAUUGUAUUUCAGGCUCAUAUACUCAGCAAUAUACUACUAUAUGUACAGGAGGUGAAGUAUGGCAGCCUGCAUACUUUUAGGAGAGUCAAUCGUAACCAAUUGUAGCCACAAUCCUACAUAUUUGAGCAUAGUGUAAGAGUUCCUCAUGUAGGACUCCACUACAACAAAACACCAAGGAUGUCUUCCGUAGAGAUUUGUUGGGUCCUACGAAGAUCCUAGUAGACAGUGUCAUUAGUCUGUGUCUCACUAUAAAAUCCCAUCUUAUCUACCAGCAAGGAAAUAGCAGUGUAUUGUUAUUUUGUCAUAGUCCAAUGGUGAGCCCUGGAGGGGCUUUGAAUGUUGCAGAAGGUGGAAGUAGUUACUAAGCCCCACAAUGACCAAAAAAUCCAACAAUACAUGCUCAGCCAUAAGGUGGACUUACAAAUAUAUGCCAGUAAUAGGAUGCCAGCUGAUAACUAUUUUUUUAAAAAAAAGGUCACCAGGAAAUCAGCCUGCACAUUUUCCCCUACCUCCUCUCAGUUAUUUAUUACUUUAUUUUUCCAAAACUCAAAACACUUUUUUCCCCAAGAGAAGCCCUUACUUAUUAGGCAAGUAAAUGAAAAGCUGAGUUCCAGUUUACUUCCUUGAUAAAUAAAGGCUUCUCCUGGGUCCUAGGGUAGGAUAGGAGGAUGAACGGAGUGAAAUUGCGACAUGAAGAGGGUAUUUUGAGUUUAAAGAACUGAAAACCAAAUCUAAACAAUCUGUGUGGAUGUAUGGUCCUUUAGCUUUCUGCCAAUAUGGCACCCAAACCCUUGGCAUUUCUCUAUCCCUAAUCUUCCUGAGGCUAAGCAGAUAUUCUCCCCUCAUUCUGUUUUUGUGGCAUCCCUUUUUCAGGAUCAACACUGUAACUUGGGGAAAGGUCAAGUAAAUGUUGUGAAUUACUGGUUGUGAACAUGCUACCAAAUACUUUUCCUGUUACUACCUCUUUAAAAGAUCUAUUUCUGAAUGUUCGGUAAAAAUGACAAAAAGGUGUGAAUAUCACAAAUACAUUUAAAACCUAAAUGCCUUUCUGAACCCUGUGGAAAACUUGUAUGUUAUUGUAAACUUCUGUGAGAGAGAAAUCCAGCUAAAAACUCCACUUGUGUCUCAUGAUGACCAUUGUUGACUGCCAAGAGGCUCUUAAAGGCUGUAUUUAUAUGUUCUCUGAGUAUAUUUCCAUACGUUGAUGAAAAAGGUUCAUCCAUUAAUUUUUUAAAAUGCCGUCUUUUUAGAGUGGUUCUAAAUAGUCUUCUGUGCUAUGGAGGUGUGUAAAUAUUGGUUUAGUUGUGUUUAAAAUAAAUUGUUUCCAGGGUGAGGUUGUCCCUCCAUACUGUAGGGAGCCAUAGACCCUAGUUUCAUCUUCCUGUUGGGAGAGCCAGACAGAUCUUGCUAUAUCAGGUCAUAGAAGUAGCAUAUUUUACUUACUUGAAUCAUUUUGAUACUGUAGCUUUUUGAAUGUUAACAAAAAAUGUUAGGUAUCUGAGAGAAUGCUGUAUGUGCAGUUUUAACGUGUUUUGACAAGAUAAUCCUGGCUUCAUGUAUCCUGAUGUCAGUGGUAUAGAUACCAAAAUGAAAAACACUGAAAAUCGGAGACUACCAACAAAUGAAGCCUGUACUAUGAAUCUUUCCCAGCUCCAUUAAAUAAUAGCUUUACUUUCUGUAAGGAUUGUGAAAGACACGAUUCAGAUCUAAACCCCUGCUUUUGAGAUGUAAUUGCUGAUGCACAUACACACAUCCUGAAUAAGAUACAGAGUGAAAUCCAGAAAUUACAGAAUGAAGUAUUAAUAGUUUUUGCCUUUGCAAGGAGGGUGUGGGUCCACAUCAAUGUCCUAUCCUAUCCUAUUUGAUUUGUCAUCGAUACACUCCUUAGGGCUUCACCAAAUCUAUCAUUUGCCAAAAUAUACGAUCCUGUGCUUUUAUUUUCCUUUUCUCGCUGAAUAGCUUAACCAUUGGUUCUUCCCAUCGUAUACAAGGUCUGCUGCUUGGGUUCUCUUGGUAUCCAGUUGGUUAGUCGACAUGUCCAUCUGUUGUCUUUUGUUCAUGCUAUAUGCCCUGCCCAUCUUCUUUUUGCCUCAUAGAUUUCAUUGACCACACUCCGUACCCUGGUUCUUUGACGCAGUUCUUAAUUGCUGACUUUAUCUCUUACUGUCAUGCCACACAUCCUUCUUUUCAUUGGUCUUCGAGUCAAGGCCAGUUUUUCCUCCUCUAACUUUGUUGUUGCCCAUGUUUCAGACACAUAUAACAUUACUGGUAAAACUGUAGCAUUGAAGAUAUCUGCUCUGACCUUCAUUGGCAGUUUGGCAUCUAUUAGCACUGUCCGAUUUAGAUUAAAAGCCAUCCAAGCAGCCUUGCUUCUUCUUGCCAAUUUGCCAUUUGCCAAAUUAUUCGACUUGGUGUCCAAGAUAUACAUAUUAAGUCAAUUCCUCAAUUUCAUCUCCAUUUAUAAUGAUGCAGCCCUGGACACACUCCUCAUUUUGUUUUCUUCAAGUUAUUUCCAGUUCUGCUGAUUUUGAGAGCCCCACUACUUGUUGGAGAUCAUGUUGUAAAUCUUCUGGAUUUUUGGUGAAAAGGACGCAAUCAUCUGCAAAGAGGCAAUGAGAAAGUUGUUUGCCAUCAAUUGAAAUCCCGCCUUUAAAUUUAAUUUUUUGGAAGGGGCUUUCUAAAGUUGCCGCAAACUUUGUUUUGGUGAUAUUGUAUCUCUUUGAUGCACUCCUUUGUUUAUUCUGACAUGACACACUCUAGACAACAGUUUGAUAUCUGUUGUGCACCCUGUAUUGAUGCUUUUUAUGAUGCUUAUGAUGUUCACAUACGCUGAUUAUACACCGGCUUGGUACAGAGCAUUAAGGAUAGCAUUUAUCUCAACUGAACCGAAGGCCUUUUGGUAAUCAACGAAAGCAAGACAAAACAGAACUCGAUAUUCUCUGCUUUUUUCCAGUAGCUGUUUGCGUGGAUAUGAUCAAGGGUGGAGUAGCCAUGUCUGAAGCCCGCUUGUUCUCUAUUGAUUUCCGCAUCUUGAGAUAUUUUUUGUAGCAGGAUCUUUGUGAACCAUUCAUAUAGUUGAGAGAGGAGUGUAACAGGAUGAUGGUUGCUAAGGUUUUCUUUGUCUGCUUUCUUCGGGGCCUUCCACACAGCCCUAUAUCCCAGAAUAUCAAGGCAGGAAAUCCCACAUUACCUGAGUGUGGACUGUGAUAACCCAGUUCAAAGCAGAUAUUGUGGGAGUUUCUGCCUUGAUAUUCUGAAAUAUAGGGCUGUGUGGAAGAGCCCUUCAUUCAGAAGUAUGGUUGUCCAAUUGUUAGGUGAGCUGGCACUUUGCAAGUAUUGCAUAAAACAUUCUGCAAUCGCCUUUUGAAGAUUAUAACCUCCCUCUUUUAGGUGUCCUAUUCUUAUCUUGUCCUUUCUUGGGCAUUUAUCUGGCUCCAUUUUACGUAUGGCUGCAUCUACCUCAAUACUAUUGGGAUUUCUGCCAUUGUAACAUGUGGUUUGACUUCAACUAUCUGCACUUUGGAAUCAUGUAAGUUGUUAAGAAGUCUUCGCAUAUUUGCUUCAUUUCCAACCUAUUUGUUACUUGCAUUCUGUUUUCAUUUUUAGUGCAAUUGGUAGUUUUUUCUUCAUUUUCAUCUGCUUUCCCUCUUUUAAAAGACUUUGCUUAUUCUCUGCAGCCUUUCUUAAUUGCAUAAUCUGAUAUUCAUCAUUGUUCGGAUGUGGUCUCUUUUGAAUAUCAUUGCAAAGUUGUUUGUACUCCUCCCCUUUUGCUUUGCCAUCUGCGAUUUGCUGAGCUCUGACUGCCAUUAAGUGUUUUGUGCCUUGUCGGAUUCUUCUAAUCUUCAAUGGAGGAAUGGGCUCAACAUAUUUUAAACAUAAUUGGUUUAGAUUUUCCUACAGUAAGACCCUUGUAACUGUAGAAUCCAUAUUCACUAUGUCAGUUACCCUUCCAUGGGGAAAAAUGUCUCCAAGUAUUUGCUAGAUCCUCCAGGCAAUUCUAUGGAAUGCUUCCCCAGGAAGUUAACGUGGAGUUGUCUUGGAGAACCUAGCAUGUUUUGAGAGGAUGUCUCUAGGAAUUUCUAGCUCCCUCAGGAUGACAUUCUGGUAUACUGGGAUCAGAGGUCAGGUAAUGUUUUACUGUAUUUUUAGAACAUCGAGCAGUUUCAGUCUUCCCUCUAAUAAGGUCAAUAAUUAUUUAGUUGCAUUUUGAAAGUCUGGGUUUUAAAGAAGCAUUCCAUACAGAAAGCAUAAGACUGAUUUGCAUUAGAAGUUAAAUUUCACAUCUGCAAGGAAGGCACCAGUGAAUUACUUCAAUAUUUUCAAACAUGCAGCCAUAUUUAAUUUACUGCUUUUUGCAUCAGCUCAUAUAUCAUUUCCUGAAAUGAUUUAGUACUUCAAAAUUGAGAGCAAAACAGCAGCUGUAUUUUUUUCUAUAUCUUAGAAACUAAUAGAUACCAAGAGCAUCUGGAUACCAUUGUGACAACAACCCCCAUUAAACAAAUUAUGCAGAUAUUUGAAAUGGAAGGAUCACUUUGUUGUUUAUUUGUUCAGUUGCUUCCAACUCUUUGUGACAUCAUGGACCAACCCACGCCAGAGCUCCCUGUCAACUGUGGCCACCCCCAGCUCCUUCAAGGUCAAGCCAACCACUUCAAGGAUACCAUUCAUCCAUCUUGCCCUUGGUUGGCCCCUCUUCCUUUUUCCUUCCUUUUUCCCCAGCAUCAUUAUCUUUUCCAAGCUUUCCUGUCUUCUCAUUAUGUGGCCAAAGUACUUCAUCACUCCCCUAAUCAUCAUCAUAUACCUUUAUGGCUUCAUCACCAGUUGCCUUUUAAAGUCCUGAAAUGGGCCGUGUUUGUAUGUCCCUAAGAUGAAGCAGCAAUAAAUGUUCCCCACAGCUUGCUUUUUCAUUUGUAAUAAUCAGUAAUAAUCUACAAACCAUUGCCUCUGGGGAAAAACAGGCAGCACAAAGGGUCUGUAUGGCAAAACAAAUACAGUUAAUUCUCUGAGCGUGUUUAGUCAGAAAGGUUCUGUAUUUUUACUGAGUCAAUUAAUUUAUUGUGUAAUGAGUUGAUUGAGUCUUGUUUUGCUUCCUGGCUAUGCAAGGUAGAAUUUAUUAAAUCUGAGUGGAAAACCUAGGGACUUGCUUACAAUUAUUAAAGAAAGAUACAGCUUUCCAUUUCACCACAUUUCCUUUCCUGACCGGGUUUACUCAAUACCUACAUUUUGUUCCAUCUCUAAAAUGACUUAUUAUGAUUAUAAACUAAAAAAAAACAUAUUUGAAGGUAUCUAUUUUGUUAUUUUUGAGAUCCACUUUUGUAAGGAAUCAGUGUCCUUUGUACGUGUAUUUCUAAUACAAGUAUAUUUCAGUGCCUUUGCAAUUGACUAUUUUAGUCACAAGACUUGUUGCACAACCAAUUCUUUCAAACAAUAAAGCAUGCUGAUAAAAAGUU